ACACUACAAAAAAUAUCAUUCGUCGUGAGUCUCGUAGUCGCCGUCUCGCACAAGUUUAUCCCGCACCCGAGAGUGUGCUUUUGUUUUUCUCGGUUAUUUUCCUGUGUCGAUUUUUUAGUUUAAUUUUCGGACGGGGUUUCCCUCGGUGCGUUCCCACACUGCUUCCGAGCGUAUUUCGCGACGGCACCAAACCCAAGUGCCCCAGCUAUGAUCAACAAAAUCACAAACAGUUCCCGGGGCCUGUGUUGACGACUUGCGACUUUCUGUGUGGUAUUUGUUGUUUUCUGUUUAUUUUCUUGCCUUCGUCUCUAUUUGCGAUUCCACCUUCGGGCCAGAGUCGAGAGGGAAGCAAAACGAGAAUAAAAACCAGGAGGAUUGACCUUUAGGGGCGUGGAAUUUGGGCAGGAAAUCGUUGCAGGCACUGGAACAAAGCGCACGGUAUGUGGAAGUGCCACAAGUGCGGCAAGCCAGUGUUUUUCGCUGAGCGAAAACAAUCACUCGGUUACGAUUGGCAUCCGGAGUGCCUACGCUGCGAGGAAUGUGGAAAGCGGCUUAAUCCCGGACAGCAUGCAGAGCACAAAGGAGUCCCCUACUGUCACGUGCCGUGCUAUGGGGCUCUCUUCGGGCCGCAGCUCUUCGGCCACGGGACCCGCGUUGAGUCACACAAAAGUUUCGGCCAGCCAGAGCUCAAGAAGCAAGCGAUCCUUCGCACGCCAACGGGUCCCACCGUUCCACGGGGGCAUCUCGAGGCGAAGCUCAAGGCGUACAAUCACUUCCACAGCCACCGAAGCCAGGAGAUUCGUAGCCGGGAAGUGAACGGACGGUUGGUGCUUGAGGGUGCCCUCCGGAUAUACUGGGGCGUCCAGGGGAUCAUCCACCUGAAGGAAGAUGACGACCAGCGAACGGUGGUGACGGUUCGCAAGCGGAACUCCUAUCGCUUCAGCAAUGCAAGCUCGAUGGCGUCCGCCAUGCAGGAUCUGGAAGAUAAGGAAAAUCUCAACCCGGAUCAGAGAAGUGAUCCGCUGAGUUCGAGUUUGACCGAGGGAGGGGACAAUAACGACACGACGACAAUCUCGGAGAGCAUAUCGUACGAUACGUUAAGCAUUUCAUCAGACUUGAAUUCGAUCAGUUCGUCUAAGCCUAAUUCGGGUGAGAACUCGAAGGAGGUAUCUCCGAGCCACGUGGCUGCCAAUGGAAAUAAAUACGUAACACUGCCGCCAAAGCUAGAGGUGAAACAGUUGGAAUGGGACGAGAUCGACGAUCUUUUGCAGGUUGAACGCAGAGUGGAUGAAACGGAAAAGCUGUACCGGACGAUGCCUUCCCCGCUGCCAUCGAGUUGCUCGCAGCAGGAUUCGGAGCCCUCGGAAAGUGUUACCGAUACGGACUACAAAACGCUCACCCCCCAGACGGUCACAAAUUCAAACUCAUCGACCGAUAGCAACAAGACGGUCAGCACAUUGAACGGGGAGGAAGACUUCCAGACGCCUAUUGGAACACUUCGAUCGCAUGAUUUCGAGGCAUUCAAAAUGCAAAUGAGUCAGGAGUUCAUCAAUGGAGCAGCCGAUCUGGGGACUACCGAGGGAACGCUCAAACUGAACCAACCCAUCGAUCCGGCUAGGAUCAACGAUUCGCUCAAGCUGUACAACGAAUCGGUGAUGAAUCGGAGCCUGUCGGAUGAGCAGUGUAGGAAUGUGUUUUCAUUGCCACAGGGAAAUAUAACAGAUUCCUUUCAUGUGGUGAAAGACGAUGGAACGCUGAAAAAGCCAGCCGACGGUCCGGCGAGUCCGGUGGUGAAGAAACCUCGAGAGUUGCUGAACGGCGGUGGCAGCAAUGGUCGCACCAAAAUAGCCUACCAGCGGCAGCAAUCCGAGUCUACGUCGGCCACUUCGCCCGGAACUGACACGGACAGCUGGACCGGAGAUCGGGGACUGCUGCGGUCGAAAUCUCAGGGUAACUACUAUUCCGGCAAUAGUUUCAUGGACAGCGAGGAGGAGGAGGAAACUUCCGGCACGCUGAAGGCAUCGGACCGACCGCAGACCUCCAUUCACAUUCGGAUGGAUUGUUACGACGAGGAAAAGCUUGGGAAUGGCGAGGUGCUGGUGAGCAGCACCGAGGACAGUAUGACAACGACUACCAGUGUACCCAGCGAAAGCCAUGUGGUGGCAGAAGAUGAAGUGGUGCUGAGGAAGGCUCCCAGGACGGGUUCCACGGCGAUCAAGAGACGCUCAGGGAAUCGUCGCUCGAGGACAAAGCUGAAGCGGCGCUGUUCCAUCAAUGGUCAUUUUUAUAACCGAGAAACGUCGUUCUUUACGCCCCCGCAUGGGUCGCUGAUGAAUGUGUGGGUCACGUCGCUGGUGAAUACUCAGGAGGUGAUCAAUCUAUUGCUGGAGAAAUACAAGGUGGACAGUCGGGCCGAGAACUUUGCUCUGUUUGUGGUGAAGGACAAUGGCGAGCAGAAAAAGCUGAAGGAGGACGACUAUCCGCUGGUGGCAAGGGUUAUUUUGGGACCACACGAGGACAUCGCUAAGCUCUUUUUGAUGGAUGGCCAGCAGACGCCAGAGAUAAGUAGUGAAGUGGCCCAGUUUUUGAACCUGUCGAUACCGGAGUGCCGCGCUAUUCUGCAGCGCUAUCACGAGGAAGAGCAGAGGGAACUGUGUCGAAUAAAAACAAAAUACGAGGAACUGCGGAGAAGGAUCGUUCAAAGGAUGGAAUCGCUAAAAGUUAGACUGUGAGAAGAAUUAUAACCGCGAUAGUAACGAAAUGUUUUACACUGCGCACAAAAACGAAACCGUUUACGUCAAGUCAUAACGUUGAACGAUUCCAUUCAUGUCGUCAAGCUAUUUAUACUGCUUACAAGUGCUGAAUCGACCUGUGAAAACCGGAGAGCCACAUCUCCGCCAUUAUCUAAUCAUAUAAUAAUAAUAAUAAUAAUUUAUUAGAGGAGCUUCAGAGUCAACCGAGUGCUAAUUACGGCGAUUAAAAUAUCAAUUAUCAUAUUCACCAGUCUGACAUUAAUUCUAGCACACAGCUAGACACCGUUUAUUUGUUCUGAAUGUAAUUAUUUAACAAAAAGUGCUUUUUCUGUUUGUUUGUUUGCUUCUCAAUAAGAGAAGUCGCCUUAUUGAGGGCCAGGUUUUUUUUAAAUCAAUAUAACUCUAAUUAAGAAUUAGUCAAGCCAUCAAAGAAUCAUAAGUGUACGUAACUGGUUGUUUAGAUACGCGUCAUAUCAUUUCGAAUAAUUUCCAGUCAUUUCGGCAUCGAAAUGACUACUUCGAGCCCAUCAGACUCCUCACUCACGACCAGCAAAACUCAUCAUUCGAAUAAGAGAGAACACGAAUCAUCGAAACAGAAAUUUCAAACUUCCGAUGUGACAAAUAAACACGCUUCAAGAAUCCCAAUAGGCAAACUUAAAAAUAUAAACAAAACUAAACAAAAGAUGAGCAAAUCACAAUCAACGGCUGCUGUGCAUAAAAUUGAAAAACAAAAAAAAAGAACGAUAUAUGAUAGAUUGUUCCAUGGCUGCUGCCCGGAAAAAAUGAAUAUAAAGCAAGCAUUAUGAGCACUGAUAAGUAGAGAAAAAGACGACAGGAUAAAAAAUCAUGUCGAACAGCAAUGAAGUGAGAACGAAACAAUAAUAUAGCAAUUAUAUAACGCUGACAGAACAUAAACCAUAUAUCGGUUGCUGCG